AAGCUAGCUAGCAUUUCCCAUCCUACGGCUAACAAUCAAACAAUUUAUUAAUAAUAAACAGUCCACUUUCUUAUUUGUCAUCCUAAUUCCUAUUUCCUAUUUCCUAUUUCCUAUGGGUGAACAAGUUUUAGAAAAUAAUACUCGUAAUAAAAUGUCAAAUAUAGGUAUAGACACCUCAUCAUCUCCUCAUUUCAUCUUAGUUCAUGGUGUUAGCCAUGGAGGUUGGUGUUGGUACAAAGUUCGAGCACUCUUGGAGACAUCGGGCUGUUCGGUCACCUGUAUUGACCUCAAAGCUUCGGGUAUAGACUCAUCCCAUCCUGACUCAGUCGUCUCCUUUAAUGACUACAACCACCCACUUCUUAAUCUCCUGGCUUCUCUUCCCAAUCAUAAAAAGGUGAUAUUGGUAGGGCAUAGUGCAGGAGGAAUUAACGUGACAGAUGCCUUACACAAGUUCCCAGAAAAGAUACAAGCUGCUGUGUAUAUUGCAGCCACUAUGCUCAAAUUGGGUUUUCACUCUGAUCAAGACCUUAAAGAUGGAGUACCAGAUUUAUCGGAAUUUGGACAAGCAUAUGAUUUGAGAUUUGCAUUAGGGAUGGACCAGCCUCCUACAAGUUUCAUUAUUAAAAAAGAAUUACAACGACAAAUUUUAUACCAAAUGAGUCCUCUUGAGGACAGCGCACUAGCAUCGUUGCUAUUGCGACCGGCCCCAAUGGUUCUCACACAAGUAAAAUACGAAGAAGCAAGAAAAGAAUCAGAAAAUGUAGAUCGUAUAUACAUCAAGACGUUACAAGAUAGAGUUAUGAAACCAGAACAACAAGAAAAUAUGAUAAAGAGGUGGGCACCAUCACAAGUUUAUGCAAUUGGUAGUGACCAUAGCCCUUUUUUCUCUAACCCACUUGUGCUCUCUGGCUUGCUUCUUAAAGUUGCUACUCUUCCUACUUUAUAAUCCUAAUCCUUUCUUGCACUUUUCUUACUUUGGACUUUGGAGCACAAUUCUCACAUGGCUUGUUGUUUUUACUUUAUAAAUCAUUGUUUAAAGCAUUUCACUUUGUGAUUUUCAUCUCAAUAUAGGUCUAUUUGGAACAUGUAAUUUAUAGGUACAAAUUAUUAUUUUAUUAUAUUUGUAAUUUUCUUUAUCGCUAUUAUACAUAUUUGUAAUUCAUCUUUAUUGAUUUGAAUAUGGGAUUGUAAUUGUAUAGUCAUUUGUGAUAUAUGCAAAUAUAUUUGAAAAAUUAUGAGAAACUAUCUUA